UUGAUGGAGUCCUACUGUCAUGAAUUGCAUCUGUAGCCAAUCUGGUUGGUUCUUGAAGCUACCUCUGUAACUUACUGUCCCUGGGGCCUCACAUAAUAUAUAGAACUUCUAAAGUGUCUACUAAAUUCUCCCAAGCAACCUUAAAGGCUUGUCUGGGUGAAAUCUAGUUGCUCAUUAAAGUAAAAUAAUUCACUUUUCUUUACCCCUGUGUUCAAUACAUGUGUCCUAAAGUCUAAGCCUGAUCAUCUCAAAAUUGUUCACUUACCUUUAAGUAAAAGUAGCUUUUUGAGCAACAGUGUGUAAUAGAAAUGUUUAGAAUUGUUACUGUAUCAACACAUUCAUUAGUUGAAAUACAUAUAUUUUAAAUUUUUCCUCAAAUUGUAUCUAUUAUUUAUAGCUUAAUCUUUUCUCUCUUUUAACAUUUAGACACUGGUGCAACUGUUAUGGAAAACGGUAAUUCCCCUCAUCGGAGCUCCUUGGUGCAGGACAAGCAUUUUAGAUAUAAAGAAAAGAGUCGCUCAAUAAAUGGAUUCCUAACAAGAUAUAUUCUAAACCCAUGGACUCUUCUUGAUGGUGAAAGACUGAAGAGAGUGGCAUUUGGAGAUAAAGAUGCGAGCAAACCUCAUAAAACCAUAAUAAUGUUGGGAGAAACAGGAGUGGGGAUGUCGACUAUCAUCAAUGCCUUGUUGAACUACAUGCUGGGUGUUGAAAGUGAAGAUCGAAUCUGGUUUGAAAUCAUUGAGACAGAAGAAAAACAAGCUGAUUCACAGACAGUUAAGGUAACAGCGUAUGACAUCUUUACUGAGAGCAGCUCAUUCUCUCUGACCAUCAUUGACACUCCUGGAUUUCGAAAAACAGAAGGCAAAAAGGAGGAUUUAAAAAUUGCUGAAGGAUUGCUUGAGUUAUUUGGAUGUAAUGAUUGGUAUCAUGAAAUUGAUGCAGUGUGCCUUGUGAUGUCAUCGAGCACUGUUCGACUCACUGAAAGACAACGUUACGUUUUUAAUUCAAUUCUCUCACUAUUCAGCAAUGAUGUGAGGAAAAACUUUGUUGUGUUUAUCACACAUGCACCAACAGCAUCUCCAAACUCCAUUAAAGCCAUUAAAGAUGCCAAAAUCCCAUGUGCUCAGACUGAUAAUAAGGAGCCUGUACAUUUCAGAUUCGACAAUUGUCACUGUGAAAACUUUUAUGUCAAAUGCAACAGUGAAGAGCAAAUGGAACAACUAUUCCAAGGUUACCAGGCAGCAUGGGACCUGUUUAAAACAAGCAUAGGGGACUUUUGGAGUUUUGUAAAUACAGUGAAACCUGCAAGUUUCAAGAAUGUUGAAAGAAUGCUGACACAUCGCAAGCAACUAUUAGAACAUUUUACUAAUAUAAGCAAACAAGUUCAGUCAAUGCAACUUCAAUAUGAUGAAUUUGAUGAAUCCUACAAUGAAAAGGUACCAAUUGACCCAUCAUCAGGAUCCAGCAAAGAGGCUACUUGCUGCAGUGUGUGUGAGUUUAAUUGUCAUUAUCCAGGAUGCUGGUGGGUCAAAGAUCUUUCAUGGUGUACUGUCAUGUCAAAAUAUAAAUGCACAAAAUGUCCUGGAAAGUGUGACUAUACUAAACAUGUUAAAGAGGGGAAGAUCUAUGUGAGGAAAACAAGGAAGGUCAAGAAGACACUGAAAGAUGUGAAAAAGAAUUAUGAAACAGAGUCUGAAGAGAAUAAGAAACGUAUAAAGCAACUAGAGGAAAAAAUAGCAAAACAAGAAAAAGAAGUGUUCAGACAGGUGAAUGAAUGUCAUAAGUGUUUACACUUUCUGCAGGAGAUCGCCUUAAGCACUGAUGCUCUGUCUACAGCUCAGGAUCUAGACUCCCUGAUUAAGGAAGCAAGAGAAACUGACUGUGAGGAAUUAAUAGAGAGACUUGAAGAACUGAAAAAAAUCAACAAGCUCUCCUCAACACGCUAGUCACACAUUUGAGUAUACACACACAAAUUAUUCCAAAGCAGCAAUGUUCCAAAACUGCUGUAGCUGAAAAAAACAGGACAGAAGACUAGAUUUUCAGUCAGCCAGAACACCUUGUCAUUAUUUUACAGAAACAAUAGAUCAUCUCAGGUAUUUGUGUUUAAGAGAACAUUUACACAACUUAAUUGUUGACACAACACAACUUAAAUCUAACAAAUUGUGUGUUAUAUUACAAAUUCUUUCUGUCUUUUAGUUGUUUAUCUUUUUAGCUUGAACUUUUUAUUUUCACAGGGAAUGUCAGUUUGGUGAACCAACAUUUGUGUAAAAUUGUUUUGUAGGAAAUAAAAGGCAGACACGUUGCAAAAAUUAAUUCUAGUGUAUAAGUGUCAGUAUAGUGAUAUUUUUAAAUGAAAAAAAAACUGUUGAGUUUCAACAGAUGUACAAUAUAUAAACAGUUUGAAUUCUAAAAUACUUAUUUCUUGUUUAAUCGUAUGCCACUUUUAAUGUUAUAAACAGGUUUGUUAUUACUUGACCUGUGGGAAUCAGUGAUAAAUAAGUUUUGCUGUUUUUUGUUGGUUAUUGCUCAUUUCAUUAUUGUUCUUCAUAAGUAUAAUCUUUUUUAAUGUUUCAGUUUUACACAGUUUUUUGGAAUUUUGUUAAUGAUUCAUUUUUACACUGAUAGCACUCUUAGUCCAUGACCUAGUGAACCAAUAUCAGUAAGUAUGCAAUGUAAAUAUAUUUGUUGAAAUAAAGAAACAAAUCUAC